AUGCAAGACUCAAAUAUCAACAAACGUUUUGAAGAGUUCCGCAAUUACUUUACUUUUGAAUUGAAAACGCAACUUCCUGAAAAUCGUCUACGUGAAUUUCAUUAUUGUAUUUUCUGUGGAAAAAUGUUUAAUAGACGUAAAUACAUGAAACACUCUAUGGAAGCAAAACUCGAAGAAACAAACAAAUUUAAAAGUAUUAAUAAUUUUAAAUUUUUUGAUGAGAAUUUCGACAAAUUUAAUUUGAUUGCGCUCAAUAGUCAGCUUGUCGAAGAAGAAAAAAAUAAGUCAAGUGGUUUGACUGAUAAUGAAAUAGACCUCUCGCCAAAUAUUUAUAGAGGUGCCGAUUUAUUGAAAGUGAGGAAUGAACUUGAGUCACAAUUGAGACAAACAAGUUACACUACAUUUGAAGACGUCAAGAAAUAUUUAUUGAAAGGAUUGGAAGAAACUGUUCGUGUUCUUCCACUCAUUAAUUAUCAAAAUUUCCAAAUGAAUAUUUCUGUUUUACACAGCGAGUCAACACAAGAAGCACUCGACAAUAUCAGUAAAAGUUUUGAUGUUCCUAUUAUUAAUUGUGAAGAUGUUGUUUCAAAAAAUUCAACUGGUAUUGUGGACUCUGGAACUUUAUUAAAAACUCCCGCUAUUACAAAUUGUAUUCCGACUCCUCCAACAAUACAAACAAGAAAUGCGACACAUGUUGAUUAUAGCCAGGCUACCGAGAACGAAUCUCAGAACACCAACGAUUCGACCAAAGAAGAAAUAAAAUUCACUGUGUUUGAGAUCGAACAAUUGGAAAAAAUGAAACACAUUAAAGAGCUCCUCAGACCAGAGAAUAAAUACUCCGCUGAGUACAUCGCACAAGAAACCAACAAAGAAGUACAAAGGCGACUUGGUAAAAAUAUUGACAGUUAUUCAACAACAAAUGAUGCUGGAAAUGAAAGAGGCAGCUUUAUAACGAUGAUGGCUGCAUUGAUGAUGGGAGCAUGUGGGUUGACAAAUAAUCAAAUUGAUACCAUGUCAAAAUUGAUAUCCAUAAUUUUGCUCAUGUCCAAUGUUCCUAAAAAACAGUGUGACUAUUAUACAUUAAUGGCCGAUUCAGCAAUGUACAAUGGUGUUGAGUACUUUUCUCUCUUUGUAAGAUUUGUGUUUUCAGAUGGAUCAUUUGUUGAAAAGAGAGUCAAAAUUGUAAACUAUGACGGCAAAACAGAUGCUGCGGGGUGGCUCAGUUGGAUAAUGAAAAUAUUGGAAUUGAUGGAUGCUGACCUCAUUAAAUGCAUUGGUGCUUGUUUUGAUGGAGCUUAUGUUCUGAUACGAAAUGGUGGGCUCUCUGGUAAACUCCUGGCUAAAAUUAAAGAGAGAGACGGGCUGAACGGAUUUGAUUCAAACUACUGCUUUUCACACAGAACAAAUAAAGCGACUGAAAAGUGUUUUGGAUCACAAUGGGGACUGGCUAUUGAAAGUUUCUUGGACGGGUUAACAGUUCAGACAACAAGAACAGCAUGGGAUCAAUUCUGUGCCAAAAAUCAUAUCAAAGGUGCAGUUCUCAAAUUGGUUCAACGAUCCGAAACAAGGUGGCUCCAAACAGUAUUGAUUCUUGAUAACAUGUUUGAGAAUCUGCCUUCACUUCAAGAAUUUUACAGUGAAAGAGAACAAUACCAAAAGCCUUUUGGACCUCGCAACAUUAUGGGUGAGUGUAAUGUCAACUGCAAAUUGUUUGUUGCGUGUAUGUUCUUCACUCAAAUAGUGCUCAGUAAGGUGAAGAUAAUUGACGAUUGGCUACAGACCGCCAAUUUACUAUACCCGUGGCCUAUCAACGUUUUGAAGAUUUAA